GUACUCAACAACACAACCAUGCCAAAGAAGAAGAUGGGAAGAACAAGGAAUCAGAAAAGGAAGAACAACUUGGAUGAGGGUGAAAACAUUUCCCACUCUGAGUCAACCACAAACAAGAACAACAAGUCAGAGUCUUGGGAAUUCCCUGUUUCUGCUAGAAGGGAUGUAAUUCCGAAUUACGGGGUGAUUUCUGAUCGCCACCGCUGCUUGAGAUCCUCUAAAAGGCUUUUUGAAACUGGAAAUACAUCUCUGCCAGUAUGUUCACGUCGUAAGAUAUCAAGAGGACAUUCUUCUGCCUCCUCUGCCCCUGAUGACAUCCAACAACUUGAUGUAUCAGCUGCCACUAUCAAUUCUGCAUGUGAAGUUCCAGAAGGUUCUGAUGUAGUAGAAUCCCCUUCAAAAUACCAGCUGGUACAAGUUGUUUAUCCUCUAACAGCUGGACCACAUUUGGGGGAACUAGGUGUGGCUGAAAUGUCAAUAUCCAACCAUUCAAAUCAAAUGGAUGGACAAACUACACUUGUAAUAAUGGAGCCAGAUUUGGGAUGUAAUGAUGCUGAAAAUGUUGAAAAAUCAACAGUAGGUAUACCAGAGAAACAGGGGGAAUUAGAUGAGGCUGAAAUGCCACUGUCCAAUCAUUCAAAUGAAUUGGCGGGACAAAAUACAUUUGUAACAGUGGAACCACAUUUGGGACAUAAUGAGGCUGAAAUUGUUGGAAAUUCAACUAUAGGUAUACCAGAGAAGGUAGGGCAAUUUGGCGAGGCUGAAAUGCCAUUGGUCGAUCAUACAAAUCAAAGGGGUGGACAAAAUACAUUUGAAGCGGAGGAAAUUCAAGCCUCAAAUAAGUUUGAGAAAAUAAUAAAUAAGAAUCAUAGAGAGUCUAUUUCACGGGCUGGCUGUCUGUUCCCAUCUUUCAGCCUCAAACUAACUGAAGUGGUUGGCAUGGUGCAAAAUGAAGAUGGUGUUGAUUCUGAAAUACAAAGCCAACCUGAGGACACGGUUAAUGGAUAUCAAGUGAAGCCGGAAUUCAUGCCGAUACUAAGAAAUAUUAUCAACAAACAUGGAGAUAUUGCUAAGAAUUGUCUGGCAAAGUCGGUGAAAUACCGUUCAAAGUUGUUGGAGUUGAUCUGUGAAAUCAUAUCAGAAUUUGAAAUGAAGAAUCUUAUCAAAAUCAACGAAAGUGUCUUGAAAAGCAAGAUCGAUCUUGUUGAUGAAAUAAAAAAUAUGAAAGUGGAGGUUGAAUGGCUUCGUAGGAGGCUAGCUGAGGUAGAUGAUGCAAGGGAUAUUCUGAUGCAGUUUGCUAUGCUGAAAGAGAAAACAGACGAUAAUAGGAAGCGCAUUGAAGAUGCUAAGAGUGAUUUGGUAGAAUGUGAAGAACAGAAGAAGGAAUUGUUAGAGAAAUUGGAAGCGAUACGUGAUAAAGAGACUGCUUGCGAACAUAGAUUGGCCAGUGCGACAGAUGAUUUUACCAAGAUAUCUCGAACAGUCAGGUUUGCCAAAUCAAAAGUCGGGCGCUUUCUGUAUUCCUCGGUGAUGGAUGGUUUGAUUGAGAAACACAAUCACAAACCUCUCAAUUUCUCUCUACACAACAACACAGCCAUGCCUAGGAAGAAGAUGAGAGGAACAAGGAACCAGAAAAGGAAAACCAGGUUGGAUGAUGAUGCGAAUGUUUCUCACUCUGAGUCAACUACCAACAUGAACAAGUCUGAGUCUUGCGAAUGUCCUGUCUCUGCAAAACAGAAUUUAAUUCCGAACUGGACGACAACUUUUAAUCGCCGCCGCACCUUGAGAUCCUCUACAAGGCUUAGUGAAACUGGAACAGCAUCUCGGCGAAGAUCCUUAAAAAGACAUACUUCUGCCCCUGAUGACAUCCAAAAACUUGAUGAUACAUCCAACACUAUGAAUUCUGCACAUCAAGUUUCAGAAGGUUCGGAUCAAGUAGAAAUACAACCCCCUUCGAGAUACUUAGUAUCAGUUGCAUAUCCUCACACCGUCGAACCAGAGUUGGGACAUAAAGAGGCUGAAAAUGUUGAAAAUUCAACACUGGCUGAACCGAGUAUGAUGGAGGAAGUUGGUGAGGCUGAUGAACCGAAUAAUAUGAUAGAGGAAGUUGGUGAGGCUGAACCAAAUAAGAUGGAGGAAGUUGGUGAGGCUGAUGAACCGGAUAAUAUGAUAGAGGAAGUUGGUGAGGCUGAACCAAAUACGAUGGAGGAAGCAGUUGAGGCUGAACCAAAUACGAUGGAGGAAGAAGGUGACGAUGAGGCUGAAAAAUCAUUCUCCAAUCAUGCUGGAAAAAAGACAUUUGAAUUAGGUGAGGCUGGAAUUUCACUGUCCAAUCAUUCAAAUGAAUUGGCGGGACAAAAUACAUUUGUAACAGUGGAACCACAUUUGGGACAUUAUGAGGCUGAAAUUGUUGGAAAUUCAACUAUAGGUAUACCAGAGAAGGUAGGGCAAUUAGGCGAGGCUGAAAUGCCAUUGGCCGAUCAUACAAAUCAAAGGGAUGGACAAAAUACAUGUGAAGCAGAGGAAAUUCAAUCCUCAAAUAAGUUUGAGAAAAUAAUAAAUAAGAAUCAUAGAAAGUCUAUUUCACGGGCUGGCUGUACGUUCCCAACUUUUAGCCUCAAACUAACUGAAGUGGUUGGCAUGGUGCAAAAUGAAGAUGGUGUUGAUUCUGAAAUACAAAGCCAACCUGAGGACACGGUUAAUGGAUAUCAAGUGAUGCCGGAAUACAUGCCAAUACUAAGAAAUAUUAUCAACAAACAUGGAGAUAUUGCUAAGAAUUGUCUGGCAAAGUCGGUGAAAUACCGUUCAAAGUUGUUGGAGUUGAUCUGUGAAAUCAUAUCUGAGUUUGAAAUGAAGAAUCUUAGCAAAAUCAAAGAAAGUGUCUUGAAAAGCAAGAUCGAUCUUGUUGAUGAAAUAAAAAAUAUGAAAGUGGAGGUUGAAUGGCUUCGUAGGAGGCUAGCUGAGGUAGAUGAUGCAAGGGAUAUUCUGAUGCAGUUUGCUAUGCUGAAAGAGAAAACAGACGAUAAUAGGAAGCUCAUUGAAGAUGCUAAGAGUGAAUUGGUAGAAUGUGAAGAACAGAAGAAGGAAUUGUUAGAGAAGUUGGAAGCAAUACGUGAUAAAGAGACUGCUAGCAAACAGAAAUUGGCCAGUGCGGCGGAUGAUUCUACCAAGAUAUCUCGAACAGUCAGGUUUGCCAAAUCAAAAGUCGGGCGCUUUCUGAAUUCCUCGGUGAUGGAUGGUUUGAUUUAAGAUUUGCCAAUUUCAUCUUUAUUUUUUCUUUCUUUAUUUUAGUUGUUUUAGGACUGCAUAUUUUAUUUAUAACCAUUUUGAUUUUAAGACUGCUGUUUCCCAACUCAUGCAUGA